UUAGUCUCUGUUGUUAUAUUUGAAUUAAAAGGUAUAUUUGAAGGAUAUUUGUUGCACUCUGAUGACCUUAGACCUAUUUUUCUUUUAUUUCCAAUUCUAUCCGGUCACAUUGAGAAUAUUCAGAAUGUUCUUGUUAUAAAUGCUUGGGUUUUAGUAUUAUUAUUAUUAUUAUUAUUAUUAUUAUCAUUAUUACUAUAGUUAUUAGAAACUGAAUCUGACAUCAAGUUGACUACCUACAAUAUGUGAAAAUAAACUGCAACAACCCUUCUUUCAAAUGGUUCAGAAAGUGCAAUUAGGAAUUUUAAAUAGAUAAUAAAGAAUGAGGUCAAUCUGGGCACAAAGCAUAGAGUUAGACUGAAUAGAUUUGCCAUUAUGGAUCGGGCACAUUGUUACCGAUACACAAUCUAGAUUUUCUUUGAUAUCAGGACCAAUACAGAUAUUAAUAUCGGAUGGAUGCAUCUCUAACCAGAGCAUUGCUGGUUUUUCCUAAAAAAAUGUGACGCCAGUUUCCUGCUCAGAAUGGCAGCAGUGGUCCUGAUGAGGACUUUCAAAAUCCAAGUCUUGAAAAUGUAAAGUAUCAGAUUAUUCUUGUCCUUCAUUUGACAAGAUUCUUAAAUGGAAACUACUCCUUUCUACCACAUUCUCCUCUGCCCUUCAGUUACUUUGUCUUUUUGUUGCUGCAGACCUCCCACGGCAAUGGCCCUACAUGGAGGAGGACGCUCCCACUGACCAGCUGCUCUGUGACCAGGACAGCAUCUGCCCUGGAGUCAAGGACGAACCAGAACCUCCACAAAUCAAUUUUCUUCGAACCAGCGUAGGUGACCGGAUCCAGCCUCUCUCCCUGUUUGUACCUAAGGAGGAAUCUUACGAAGGAAGCGAAGGUGCACAUGCGGAUGAUAUAAACACAGACCUCCCUCUGGUGUCAGGCUCUACGGUUGAUGCGGGCACACAGUAUUUUGGGUGUGGCUUUUGUGAGAAAACCUUUCAGUUUAGAUCCAGACUGAUUCGACACGUGAGCACCCACAUGCGCAAAAACAAGUUGAGGUGCGGCGUUGGUAAGAAGUCGUUCAGCCAGAACUGCCAGCUGAUCCACCACAAGAAAACCAACGGCUCUGGUGGAAAACCGCUCGGCCCACACGCCAGCUUCUCGACUGGCGCUGAGGUUGAGCGACUCCUCUGCAACACGUGUGGGAAACGCUUCAGCAGCCCCUACAUCCUGAAGCGACACGCGAGAGUCCACACGGGCGAGAAGCCGUUUGCCUGCGGCGCGUGCGGGAAGUCCUUCAGUCGAAGGGACUACCUGCUGGGCCACAUGAAAUCCCACUUGGCCGAACCGCGAGUCCCGUCGCAGCCCGCCAUCAAGCAGAGGGCCAUCCGGGCGGCCAAGAAGCUCUAUUCCUGCCAAGCAUGCGGGAAAUGCUUCACACAAUACCGUUGCUUCUUGCACCACGCCAAGAGUCACAAUCCGCUCGUCUGCAAGACCUGCGGGAAACAAUUCAGUCAGUUAUCGAGACUGAAGCGACACGAGUCGAUCCACUCGGGCAUAAAGGGGUUUCCCUGCGGCGUCUGCGGGAAAUCCCUGAGUAGAAGGGACCACUUGGUGCGUCACAUGAAAGUCCACGCCAAGAGCAACCCUUUUUGUUUGACGUAGCCAAAGCAUAGAUAGAAAUGCAGCAGCUAAGGGCUGCAAAAGUUUUUAGUUUGAUAGUGGUAAUUUGACCGUCCACAUGAGAGAUGCUUUCUUCUCACAGAGAUUGAGAAGAGUAAAUCAAGUGUAGUUCAGCAUGAUGAAGACUACAACUGGUUAGUUUGGUUGUUGAAACAUCAAAUAUACCUUAACAUGCGCAGUGGAAACUAGGAGUGCACUGAUUGUAGUUUUCUGAACUAACCAGUUACUGUCCGUCAUUUAAAAAGCCUGACCUGCCCAUUUCAAUUUUGGCCAAUAUCAAUUUCUUUUUGUCUGAAAAUGUUAAAUCGGUUCACCUCUAGCGGAAAUGA